UGCGCUAUUUUUCACCGUUUGUUGUCCACCCCCGUCCCCCCCAUCAACACACAACGCACACCCCUAAUUUGCGAGUGUUUUCGGCAUCGUUUUUGUGAAUGAAAACCCACAAAUAUCCCGGAUAUUUGGUGUCCAUUGUGUCCAAAAGGAUGUGAAUGUGCCGGCGACCCGCGAGCCCUGCCAGAAUGCACACAUGAGUUCAUGAGAAUUUGACAUUUACUCCGCGAGAGUUGCACUUUUCGAUUGGUGUUUUGGGUUUGGUGUUUAUGUUUGGGUUCGCUUUUGUUGUUGUUGUUGUUGUAGUUUUUGGCGUGGGCUAAGAUUUGCGGACACACCCACCCGAAAAAAGAAACAGAAACAGCAACAAACAAGAAGUAGUCCACCGCCUGUGUGUUGGUGUGAGCGUGCCUCUCUCUGCGUGUGUGUGUGUGUGUGUGCGAGGGAUUCGAGCCGGUUUCGCGCGAGUUAAUUGACAAAGCAAACAAAGGCAAACAAGAGCAAACAGCGCGAAAGUAAACAAAGAAUGUACAACUCGAAAUAAAUCAGAGAAUUCGUCUGUAACAGCCAUCUGUUUUGGUGAAUAAAAUAACCAUAACCAUGCUCAGUAAUAUCGUGUAAUUAGCAAAUCGAAAUAUGGCCAAAAGCCCACCUUCAGCACCGCCACCACCAUCACCUGCGCUGAUUCCCCCGCUCAACAUGGCCAAAUUCCUGGCAGCCCUUGGCAUCUGCCUUUGGCUGGCCGUUUCGGCCACCGCUCACAACUGUCAGCACCAGCAUCCCAAGGCCCAUGAGGUCGUCCAUGGCGUGCGCAUCCAACUGGCUGAUGGCGAUGAUGACGCCGCCGGAGAUACGGAUUCAGCCAGGCAUAGCGUGCGCAGGCGCAGCAUAGCCGCCGAGCAGCAGCUGCGCAUACUCCUGGUGUACGAUGAUUCCGUCUACAGGCUGGAAGAAGAGAAAUUCAAUUUAAUAAAUGACACUGUGCUGCCGGAGGCCGUGCAGUUCUGGGAACAGGCCCUCAUGGUGCGGGAGACCAAGGGCGUUAUACGCCUCAAUAGGAAGUGUGACAGCACCCAGGUGUAUGUGAAGAACGGCCACACCCACUGCAUCGACCACUGCAAGGCGACGACCAUGUGCGGCGAGGUCCAGGUUCCCAACGAGCACUUGGAUGUCUGUCGCGUCUGCAAUGCCACUGGUCAGAACUGCAGGAUCGAUAGCAAUACGCAGCCGGGAGAUGGUAUUGAGAAUGCGGAUUUCGUCUUCUAUGUGUCCGCCAGGCAGACGCAGAGGUGCUUCAAGGGUCUCACGGUGGCCUAUGCUGCCCAUUGUCAGCAGGAGGCGGCGCUGGACCGUCCAAUUGCAGGACAUGCCAAUCUGUGUCCGGAGAGCAUAAGCACCAAGCCGCAGGAGCUCCAGACUCUGAUCUCCACCGUCAAGCAUGAGAUCCUUCAUGCGUUGGGAUUCUCCGUCAGCUUGUACGCCUUUUUCAGGGAUGAUGAAGGGAAGCCCCGGACGCCAAGAAAGUCGGAUACUGGCAAGCCGUACCUGAAUGAAAAAUUACAGAUCCAUCAGUGGAGCAACGACACCAUUCGCAAGGUGGUGCGGGAGAACUGGUCUGUGCGUGGUGGCCAUGUCAACAAAGUGGUGGACAUGAUGGUCACGCCACGCGUGGUGGCCGAAGUUCGUGCCCACUUUGGCUGCGAGAAGCUGGAGGGCGCCGAGCUGGAGGAUCAGGGUGGCGAAGGUACCGCCCUGACCCACUGGGAGAAGCGCAUUCUCGAGAACGAGGCCAUGACUGGCACGCACACACAGUCGCCGGUCUUCUCGCGCAUCACCCUCGCCCUAAUGGAAGACUCCGGCUGGUAUAGGGCCAACUACUCCAUGGCCACGCCGCUCACCUGGGGUAGAAAUCUAGGCUGUGCGUUCGCCAUGCGGAGCUGCAAGGAUUGGAUACAGAUGAAUCAUGCCAGGGGACGCUCUAUACAUCCGUUCUGCUCAAAGGUCAAGCAGGAUCCUCUCCAAACGGAGUGCACCGAUGACCGCAACUCGGUGGCCUUGUGCAAUCUUAUCCGUCAUGAGUUUGAGCUACCCAAGAGCUAUCAGAACUUUGAUAGCCUAAACCAUGUGAAGGAUGGUGAAGAGGGAUUCUAUGGCGGAUCCGUCUCGCUGGCCGACCAUUGUCCCUAUAUCCAGGAGUUUACCUGGCGCAGCAAAAAUGUUAUAGUGCGCGGCUCCCACUGUCGUUUCACAGAGAAUAAUCCAAAGCCCGAGAAGAACUUUGCGCUGGAGAGUUACGGCGAAGGCGCCAAGUGCUUUGACCAUAGCGAGUCCAUGUGGGAGGAGCGCUCCUGCCACCAGACUCGGGAGUGGCAACACUGGGGCAGCGGUUGUUACAAAUACGACUGCUACGACGGCAGACUGCAUAUCCUGGUGGGCAACUACAGCUAUAAGUGCUCCUUCCCUGGCCAGAAGCUGUCCAUUCGGAUAGCGGCAAAUGGAUGGCUGCACAAGGGAGCCAUCAUGUGUCCGCCUUGCCAUGAGCUCUGCGGGGCGCAAUUUGCUGCCCAAGGCAAGCAGUGCCGGCCGGGCGAGGAGCCCGAUCCGCUCAACAAGUAUCCGCGCGACAACCUCGCCUGUGCAACGGCCAGCGAGUUCUCCAGUUCAGUGGCCAUAAUAAUCAGCGCUGCUGCUCUCCUGCUCCUGCAACGGGGAUUCAGUUAAGCUGGUCGGGGGACAGUGUGCAGAUUUACUCGCUUCGCUCUCGGUGUAUUUAGUGAAAUUUGUACAUUUUAGCUGUAACAUAUAAGCUCAACGUGUCUAAAUGUAGGUCGGUCUUAAGUGUAAUAAUACUCCCAGCAUACGAUAGGGUCGGUUUUAUCAAAGAAUAUUGGCUACUAAAACAAAUUUUCACACAAAAAUUUAUAUUUUAUUAGGGAUGUCACAGAAGUACCUGUGGAUGAACUAUAAAUGUGUAGUAAUUGCUGUGGCGUCCCUUUCAAAGUAUUUGUAUUUUCCAUUAUUUUAAAAUUGGUAUUGUUCUAGUGCUCACAAGUAACUAAUUAAGAGAAAAGUUCCCAAAUAUUGCUCAAAUAUCAUAGAAAACUUGUUUUUGUAUCUUGUAAAUCUCUAUCUUUUCUUUUGAAUUUGUUCAUCCUUACAAAUCGACACAUAUUACCAAAUUUGUAGC